CAGUAAUGGAACCCACCACGAAAAUCUUUUGCAGAGAACUCUGUUUUUCUCUCCUUCCUCUGUCACUGUGAUGAGUGACGACCAUCUCCACUCUUUCUUCUCUCACCUCUGUCGAAGCUUUGAUUUAUAAAUUAUAGUGUGAAAAGAAUUUCUGCUUCAAACCCUUAAUUUCUGGGAGAUUUCUUGUUCAUGAGCUAUUUCUUUUCCUUAAUUCGUAUUGAUAAAGAUUUCACCUUUCAACCCCUUUACAUUUUAUGGUUCCAAUGUUUGAGCUAGCUCAUGAGUCAUGAUGAUGAUUCUUUUAUUUUCCAUAAGGAUUUUUAACGUUUGAGUUUUGGGUUUUUCCAAGCUUGUGAUUUGGUUUUUGAGUUGAGAGAGACAUUAGUUUUUCUUUUUUUUUAGUUUCCUUGUGGGGAAUAAUAAACAUGGAAGAAGUUGAAGCUGCAAACAAAGCAGCAGUGGAAAGCUGUCAUGGAGUAUUGAAUCUCUUAUCACAACAAACCAAUGAUUCCAAAUCCAUAAUGGUUGAAACAAGAGAAGCAGUUUCCAAGUUCAAGAGAGUCUCCUCUCUUUUAGCUAGAGGGUUAGGUCAAAGGAAGAUUAAGAAACUCAACAACUACAAGUUUAGCUCUUCUUUGUUGCCUCAACACAUGUUUUUGGAGAGUCCCAUUUGCAGUAAUAAUGCUAUAAGUGGUAGUAUUCCAGUUCUAGCACCAAAGCCUCUUCAGAUUGUACCAGCAAGUCAUCCUCCAUUGAUGUUGUUUAACCAGAAAAUGUGUGUUGACAAGUCCUUUCUCGAGCUAAAGCCACCGUCUUUUCGAGCUGUUGAUCCAAAACCUUAUCAGGUUAUUCAUAACCAUCAGCAAGGAGUGUACUCUAGGAGCAAAAGUGGUUUAAAUCUAAAGUUUGAUGGGUCUGGUGGUGUUAGUUGUUAUUCACCAAGUAUGUCAAAUGGAUCAAGAUCGUUUGUUUCAUCUCUUAGUAUGGAUGGUAGUGUGACAGAUUACGAUAUGAACUCGUUUCAUUUAAUCGGAUUACCUCAAGGAUCCGAUCAUAUAUCGCAACAUUCUAGGAGGACUAGUUGCUCUGGUAGUUUGAAAUGUGGAAGUAGAAGCAAAUGUCAUUGUUCCAAGAAAAGGAAACUGAAGGUGAAACGAACAAUCAGAGUACCGGCAAUCAGUAACAGGAUUGCGGAUAUACCUCCUGAUGAGUAUUCGUGGAGGAAGUAUGGACAGAAGCCGAUAAAGGGUUCUCCACAUCCUAGGGGAUACUAUAAAUGUAGCAGUGUGCGCGGUUGUCCAGCAAGGAAGCAUGUUGAGCGAUGUGUAGAUGAAACUUCGAUGUUAAUUGUGACUUAUGAAGGCGAGCAUAACCAUUCAAGAUUACUCUCUUCUCAGUCAGCUCAUACCUGAUUGAUUAAAACCAGCCUUGUAGCUACGAUCUUUCUCUUGCAUAACAAUUUGGCUCCAGCUUUAUCUACAUAGAAGUUUAGUUAUAUAUGCAUAAUGUAGAAGCUUUUUGGUUUGCAUCAGAUGUUGAUUCAAUAGGUUUGGCUUUGUUGAGAAACUGUAAACUGAUGUAGUUCUCAGAAUCUUAUAUGAUUUGGUUCCUCUGUUUCACUCGAA